AUGGCUGCCAUCCUCACUUGGGCUCUGGUCCUCCUCUCAGCGUGUGCAACCACCCAUGCACGGAAAGGCUUCUGGGACUACUUCAGCCAGAGCAGCGGGGACAAAGGCAUGAUGGAGCAGGUCCAGCAGCAGAAGGUGGAACGGGAGCUCACGAGACUGAAAGACAGCCUCGAGCAAGACCUCAACAAUAUGAACACAUUUCUGGAAAAAUUGGGCCCCUUGAGUGGGCAGGGGAAGGAGCCUCUUCAGAUGGCCCCGGACUCUGCUGGCAUACGGCAGCAGCUGCAGGAGGAGUUAGAGGAGGUGAGGGCGCGCCUGGAGCCCUACAUGGCAGAGGCACAUGAGCUCGUGGGCUGGAACCUGGAGGGCUUGCGGCGGCAGCUGAAGCCCUACACGGUGGAGCUCAUGGAGCAGGUGAGCCUGCAUGUGCAGGAGCUGCAGGAGCAGUUGCGUGUGGUGGGAGAAGGCACCAAGGCCCAGCUGCUGGGGGGCGUGGACGAGGCGCUGAACCUGCUGCAGGACAUGCAGAGCCGCGUGUUGCACCACACCGGCCGGGUCAAAGAGCUCUUCCACCCUUACACGGAGCGCCUGGUGACCGGCAUCGGGCGCCACGUUCAGGAGUUGCACCGCAGCGUGGCUCCGCACGCCGCCGCCAGCCCUGCGCGUCUCAGCCGCUGCGUGCAGAUGCUCUCCCACAAACUCACGCUGCAGGCCCGGGCUCUGCACAUGCGCAUCCAGCAGAACUUAGACCAGUUGCGCGAAGGGCUCAGUGCCUUUGUCAGCUCCAGCGCAGACGGGGCUGAGGAUGGGGCCUCCCGCGAUCCCCAGUUGCUCUCCGAGGAGGUACGCCAGAGACUCCAGGCUUUCCGCCAUGACACCUUUCUGCAGAUUGCUGCAUUCACUCGCGCCAUCGACCAGGAGACAGAGGAGGUGCAGCAGCAGCUGGCACCACCCCCACCAAGCCACAGUGCUUUCGCCCCUAGGUUGGGACCACCAGACAGUGGCAAGGCCCUGAACAAGCUGCAGAGCCGUCUUGAUGACCUGUGGGAAGACAUCACCCACAGUCUUCGUGAGCAGGGCCACAGCCAUUUGGGGGAACCCUGA